GCAGAUUUGGCAACCCUCGUUCACUGCGAUGCGGGAGAAAGACAUCCGCCAUUUUAGACCAGAGGCACACACACUCCAGCAACAAAACAUUUAGUGCUGUGGGAUAGUGUCUUAAACAACUGGGAAUUUAUUGAAUUAUCAAGAACGAGUCUAGAGAGAGAGGAGGGCCUUUAAAGUGUGUUUAAUCCACGGGGACUGAAGAUGUCUGCCGACAGGAGAGAUGAGAAAGAUGGGGAACUGAAUGUGCUGGAAGACAUUUUGACCGAUGCUCCUGACCAGGACGAUGAGCUCUACAACCCCGAGAGCGAACAUGAUGUUAAUGAGAAAAAAGGGUCUAAAAGGAAGCACGAACGAAGAGACAGCCAGGAGGCAAAGCGGCUCAGAGCAUCGGGACACACUACCAGACAGCCAUUAAAGAGAGCUGCCCCUUCUUCUGGGUCGAAAAAGACUAGCAAUCUCAGAGGAAGACAUGCACCAGAAGAGCUCUAUGAAGACCGAAAGAACCAUGCUGGAAGAGGAGGUGCGCCCCGGGCUGAUUUACCUAAAGGAUAUGGUGAAAAGGGGCUGUCCCGCAGCAGAGACUCCCAGAGACGGAUUAAACCCCUGCUGCCCGAGCUGACAGAGAAGAUGCGGAGGACAAGUGAGGACAGUACAGGCAGAGUAAGUCGCUCCUCCAGAGAGGAAGAGGCUCAUUCAGAAGAAUACGCGACGGGCAGCUCUGUGGCUUCCUCUGAGGGCAACUGCUCGGAUGUGGAGGAGGAAGGAGCCAUGCAGGAGGAAGGGGAGGAGAAGGAAGCAGAAGAGGAGGAGGAGGAAGAAGAGGAAGAGGAGGAGGAAGGGGACGAAGAAGAGGAGGAGUAUGAACUGGAGGAGGAGGACCCACGGGAAGGAAAUGAACAGAACGAUUACGAUACUCGCAGCGAGGCCAGUGAUUCCCAGUCUGAGUCUGUGUCCUUCUCAGAGGGAGAGUCUGUGCAUUCAGCCUCCGGCUCAGAGGCGUCAGGGACGUGUUCUCCAAUUUACUGUUCAGAUGAGGAAAGCAAAGCCAAGAAGCACGCUAGAGGGAUAUCACCAAUCGUUUUUGGUAGAAGUGGAAGUUCAGCUUCAGAAUCCUAUACAGGGUCUGAAAAGAAACAUGAAAAACUGUCCUCUUCUGUCAGAGCUGUGAGGAAAGAUCAAACCAGCAAGCUGAAGUAUAUCCUGAGAGAAGCCAGGUUUUUUCUAAUUAAGAGCAACAAUCAUGAAAAUGUUUCCCUGGCUAAAGCAAAGGGUGUUUGGUCCACUUUGCCCGUCAACGAGAAAAAACUCAACGCGGCUUUUCGCUCUGCUAGAAGUGUUAUGCUGAUCUUUUCAGUUAGGGAGAGUGGAAAGUUUCAAGGUUUUGCGCGGCUCUCGUCUGAAUCUCAUCAUGGAGGUUCUCCCAUCCACUGGGUUCUACCCGCAGGCAUGAACGCCAAGAUGCUUGGAGGAGUCUUCAAAAUUGACUGGAUUUGCAGGCGGGAAUUACCUUUCACAAAAACAGCUCACCUCUCCAACCCAUGGAAUGAGCACAAGCCUGUGAAGAUUGGACGGGAUGGACAGGAGAUCGAACUAGACUGCGGGACACAGCUGUGCAUGCUCUUUCCACCUGAUGAGAGCAUCGAUUUGUAUCAAGUCAUUCACAAAAUGCGCCACAAGAGGAGGAUGCACUCAGAGCCUCGAUCUCGGGGCCGACUGCCCCACAGAGAGCCCGUCCCUCGGGACAUGGGAAGGCGUCGUCCAGAGGAAUAUGACAUGCACAACCGGAAGCGGCCCAGGAUUGAUUACACGCCAGAAUUCCCCCAGAGACCAGGUUUUAUGCAAGACCCCCGCAAUCCACCUGUGGACAGGCGCUUCACUGGAGUGAGGAGAGAUGUAUUUCUCAACGGAUCCUACAAUGACUAUAUGAGAGAAUUUCACCACAACAUUGGGCCUCCACCUCCAUGGCAAGGAAUGGCGCCUUACCCUGGAAUGGAGCAUCCUCCCCAGCACCCAUACUACCAGCAUCAUCACCAUCCUCCUCCACCCCAGGCCCACCCUCCUUACUCCGGACACCAUCCCAUGCCCCAUGAUGCCCGCUUCAGAGAAAAGAGGGUCGUUCGCUCCUUCGCCUCCAGUUUGCAUGACUAUGACAUGCGCGUGGAUGAUUUCCUGAGACGAACGCAGGCGGUGGUGAGUGGACGUAGGAGCCGACCACGUGAGCGUGACCGACAGAGAGAGCGCGAGCGGCCACGGGAUGGGCGUCGUGACAGAGAACGAGAGCGUGGGAGAGAACGGGACCGUGAAAGAGAGCGGAUUCGAGACCGUGAGAGGGAGAAGGAGAGGGGUAGAUACCGGAGAUAGGGAAAAGUUGUUUUAAAACUGUUUUUUUCCCUUGUUUAUUUUUCCCAUUUUCAUUUUGUAAAUAUUGUUAGAUUUCAUUUAUACAGUUCUUUUUUAUUUUAUAUAUAUACAGAUUAAAUUCAUCACAAAGUUGAACUACAUCUUUCUGGGCAUUUUAAAAAAUAAAUUAGAAAUGUUUUUCCAAUUUCCUGCUAUUGUUAGCAUCAUGCAUGCAGUGCAUAAAAAUUUAACUGUGAAAACCAAAAAGCUUUUUUACCCUUUUUUUUUUUUUCAUUUUUAAUCAUUGGUUCUGUAGCUGGUCCAGCAUUGUUUAGAAAGAGCUGCCUUUCCCUGAAUACGUUUUUUUUUUUUUUUUAUCCCCUCACUUUUGGAUUGUGAGCCAGUUCUUUACUUGGCUUUUGCAGUUUUUAGGUGUAUGCUAACUGCACUUGUCUUUGUGAUUUCUGUUGUACAUUUAAAUAAGGUCAUAGGUGCCAGUAUUCCAAUGCACUGCUAAAUUAUGACCGUUGUAUCAAGUAUGUUUCUUUAGCUUUGUCUGAAGACUGGAUUGUUUUCUAGUGUUUUGAUUGGGAAGUGGGUAAAUAUCCUCACACUUGCUUCUUGUCCAGUGAAAGGAUAAAUGUCAUGAAGGUUUGUAAAUUGACCACUUGCUGUUGGAGUAUCUGUUGGAUACUAUGUGGAUACAUUUUGUACAAAACAAAAAAUAAAUGUAAAUGAAUUGCC